AUGAUGCUUGAGGAAGGUUGCAAGGAUGAACCUGCAUUUCUUAAUGGGUGGUUCACAGAUGCGACUAAAGCAUCGUUCAAAGCCAUGAAGAAUGAGGUUGAAUCUACAAGUGGAAGGGUGCAGAAGGCCAAGGUCCGAGACCAAUGGCUAGCAAAUGCACUUACCAAGUGUGGUAAUCAACCCAUGCUGGUUGUGGACAACUGCUCUGUAGAUGCUUGGAUGGCAUUCCUGCAAACGUUCAGGACAAGCAAGGGAAAACUCCUCGGGAAGACAUCCCUUGGCGUUAAGUGCUCCGCGCUGUACCAUCUAUUUAGGUGCCAUGACGCAAUGGGAAUGCCUGGUGGACAUGAUAGCGACGGAAAGCUGCCUAUGUCGUACAAGCUAUAUGUGAAAUGCUGCCAGUGGCUAUUGGAGAAGGGAGAUGAUAGGAGUAUCUUUUGCCACUGUUUUUUGGUUCUUACAUGGAACUUAAUGUGCAGGGCCAACAACACAGUGACAAUUUUGUUCGAACAUAUGCAAUGGCAGGCUGACCACUUGGAGCUGUUAUUCUGUCAGCAAAAAAAUGAUACCACCGGAGAAAAGCAGCGUUUCCCAAGACGGCUAUAUGCAAAUCCGCAGCAGCCAGAAGUGUGCCCAAUAUUUGCCCUUGCACUGUACUUAGGCCUUAGGGACGGGCGCUCGGAGAUGAAUGGGAAACUGUUUCAAGGGAAUUCUCAGUACAAACAUUUCAUGGAUGGGCUAUCUAAUGUCCUAAAAGAACACGAAUCCGAACUGCUGUACAUGGGAUACGUGAGCUACACAGAGAUUGGCUCUCACAGCAUUAGAAAGGGAGCCACAAAGUGGCUUAGUGGGCAGCCUGGUGGUCCAUCCUCGAUCUCAAUCUGUAUCCGAGGAGGAUGGUCGUUGGGUGGUGUCAAGGACGUCUACAUGACAUACGAGGCAGAAGGAGACGCGUUUGUUGGUCGAAUGCUUUCUCUUCUGCCACUACUGAAAAGCGAAUUUGCUGUCAGUGCACCUGAGUUCACGGACUUAUCUACUGAAGAACUGGACCGGCACAUAACAAGAGUGUUCCCAGGCUUGGCAGAACACAACCAAAUGAAGCCAAUUUUGCAUCGUUGCCUGGCAGCCAUGGCCCAUAACAAAGACCACGUUCUGCAAUGA